AUGGUGUGGGCAAGCUCUGCCCUCGCUGAGGUCCCGUGGAGGCGCGAGCUCCGCCCGCCCGUCGCGGGCCGGCGCUCCGAGGCCCCCACGCGAGGCGGGGACCCAAGGGGGCCUGGGGUCAGGGCGCGGACGGCCGGGGGCGUCUGCGAGGCGAGCCCCUCCGAGCGGCGCGGGGCCGGGACCCCUCGAGAGCCCGAGAUGAAGCCCCGGGCCAUGGACACCGGAGUGGAACCAGCUUGUGUACCCCACCUCUCCCCCACCUCCGUACCCGUAGUGUAUCCCGCCCCUCCCCCGCUGGCCGCCACCUCCCCUGGUUCCCUCCCUUUGACGCUCGCCGUGUGUCCCCAUGACCCUUGCCCUGCCACCCCUCAGCGAACUCCUCAUCCCCAGACCCCAUGGAGUGGAGAGGGGCCGGCUGCCGUCUGCUGCGGCGUCUUCACGCGUGGUCGUGCGGGCGGCGGGCGCAGAGCCUGGACCUUGGGGUGUGGCCCGGGGGCGUUGAGGUACAUUGGAUCCAGGAGAACAACAGUUACAGGGGGAGGUGGCCGGCUUCCUUCUGCUCCCUGUAACAGCCCACUGUCCUCUGAGUUCCUUCUGCCCAGAACUUUUCCAUCUUGCAAACCUGAAGCAGCACCUCGCCUUCGCCCAGCCCUGGCAGCCAGCAUUCCAUGUUCCGACUCUACGGAUCUGAUGACCCUAGGUGUGCGAGACGCAGGGGAGCAGGCCCCCAGCCGCCGCUGGAACGUCAGCAUAGACGAGCGCUGGAGGCUGGCCGUACUGGGUGGCGGCGAGAGGCCGGGCCUCGCCGGGGCGACCCUCUCCUACAGGGACCUCGCGCAGAUCGUGGCCCAGCUGGUGUCCCAGGACGAGGACAAGGGCGUGCUCUUACCCCAUCCACCGAGGUCCGCCGAGUCCAGCAGCGCCUUCCAAGCCUUCCUGGUCCGGAGCGCGCCUUUCUGGCACAACGUGACUCUGGAGGCCCAGGCCUCGAGGUCGCCGCCCUCCUAAUAGACGACUCAGCCCCGCGUGUCUGUCUUCGGUGCCUUUCCUGUGGGUCCUGGGGAGGCGGCCUGCCAGGUCUGGGGCGCACGGCUCCUGCGCCCUCCCCAGUGCCCACCAGACAGUCAUGACCAGCCCAGGGAUGAGAAAACAGGCCUGGGAGGACGUCUGGCUGCCCUCUCCUCAGAACACUCACCCCUGAGGCCUUGGAGACCACCUCCGGUUGGGGUGACUUGCCCUAGCCCAGUCUCCAAGAGGCCACCUGGCGGGGCCUGAGGGAGAGAGCAGAGUGGCCCUCCAAGAUGGCCCUCUGGGCUGCCAGGAGAGGCUGCCCACUCCCCCCAGGGGCCGUCAUCCUGGGGACAGGCCACUGUGGGCGGCCUGGGAGGGGUGUGAGGCCUUGGCAGCCCCCCCUUCGGGGCCUGGUUCAUGGACAGCCCCUUAGCUGGCCUGGGUGGAAGGGGUCUGGGCUGGGGAGCCUAGCCUCCUGGGGAGCUGGGUGCCUGCCUGCAGGGGGCAGUGAGGUGGGACCAGCGAUCUUCCGGGAGCGAGGAGGUUCUGGUCAUGAACUGCUUGGUACUGGUGCCCGUCCAGCCCAGGAGCACUGCCUCUCCAGGAGGCCCCCAGGGGCACGUGUAACUCGGGGGUGAUGCCGUGAUGGGGAGAAGCCCAGAGCCUGCGGGAGCCAAGGAGGUUCCCAACACAGAGGGAGGCUUCCUGGAGGAGGUGAUGCCACCCGUCUCCGCACAGGGAGCUUGUAGCGGAACAGGGCCUGAGAAGGCAGGGUGGGUAGCUGCGAGGAGCUGGCCCUGGCCUGCCACGGUGUCUGCCUGUGCCCCGAG